GUAACAGGUUCCUCAGAAUCUUGGGUGUUCCAUAGAGGCCUUGGAGCUCGUCAGAUACAGGCAGAUUAAAAAAAGUACAUUAAGACAGAAUUUAAAAACCAUAGAUUGACUAAUAGCGAUCCAAAGACCAGUAUACAUCUAACCACCUUUUUGUUUAUUUUAAAAUGUGUUUCCUUCACGGUCUUUUUUGUGGCUCGCCCUACGCAGUUUGUGUACUUGUUGAGAGCUUUAUCUGUCUUUGACACUGUUUUUGCUGAACUCGGUUUUUCCGAGACCCUUUCUCCUCAGAGGCUCAGUUUCACCUUGCCAUCUGCAGUCGGCCAGUUUCUGUGGCAGAAGAGGCCACAUCUACUUCCUGUGGGCCGCCUGGGCAGAAGCAUGCAGUGGUGUCUCCUCCUGAUCUGGGCCCAGGGGCUGGGGCAGGCUCCCCUCCCAGCCUCAGGAGCUGUGACAGGAAGAAUAGUCACAAUGGGGAACAUUUCUGCAGAGGUAGGUGGCUCUGUCACCUUACAGUGUCAGCUCUCCUCCACCACUGCCAAGGUGACUCAGGUCAACUGGGAGCAUCAGCAACGAGUGCUGGCCGUUCAUCACGCCAACUUGGGGUGGCACAUCUACCCAGCCUUCCAGGAGCGAGCGGCCCCAGGCCCCGACCUGGGCCUCACCCUCCAGUCACUGACCGUGAAUGACACAGGGAGCUACUUCUGCAUCUAUCACACCUACCCUGACGGGAUCUACAAAGGGAUGGUCUUUCUGGAGGUCCUUCAAGUUGCUGACCACGGCUUUGGAUUCCGGAUCCCAUGGCUUGGGGCCAUGGUCACAGUGCUGGUGGUCGUCUGCACAGUGGUCAUCAUUGUGGUCACACUGGCCAGAAAGAAAUCUCUCAGAAUCCAUUCCAUGGAAAGUGGCCUCGGGAGAAUGGCGUCUGCACAGGAGGAACGGCGCCCGGGCUUGCCGCCGCCCCCUGCAAGCGGUGUCCAGGCGGAAGCUGUGCCUGCUGGCCUCUGCGGAGAGCAGAUGGAUGAUGACUACGCCGAGCCCCACGACUACUUCAACGUCCUGAGCUACAGAAGCCUCGGGAGCUUCAGCUUCCCAGCACAGACCGGCAUGGGAACUGAGAGAGAAUGUGAAGCAAGGCUGUCGUUUGCCAACCGUUAAAAUAGAGCACCGCCCUGCUGCCCAAGGACAAACCAGGCAGAUUGAGCAAGAAGACAACACAGCUCCUCCUCCUCCUUGGAUUUUGGUUUUUAUUUUUCUCAUUUCUCUACCAAGCAGGUAGGUAGUUAGAAGCAAUGAGCUAAAAUCUGUCCAGAGAGCCAAAUCCUUUGGAAAAAAGUUAGAUAGAUAACAACAUAAAUGCUGUUAUUUUCCAGGGCAAUUCACAGCAUUUUUCUUGCAAAACUGGUGCAAAGUGGUUGGGCGUAGAACACAAUCCAUGAAUUGGAAAUGAACUAAAAUGGAAUGACAGAAAGGGAGUGAUGAGUUGGUUUGGAGGAGAUAUGUAAUGGGCCAGGGCUGGGUGGAGAGCUGGGUGUUGUUUAACAUGAUUAUGGCAACAGGGAAACAUUUACAAACACCAUUUGGAUGGUGAUAAAAUACAGAAGGACCCAUGGAUGUUGUAAAUGGGUCAGUUCACUAAAAUGAGAUCAAAUUAGAAAAUACAUUUUAAGGUGGAAUUCAUUGAACUAGUGGAAUUUAAAGUGGACUUCCUUGGAGAACCAGACAAGAUAAUCCACGAACAGCCAGAAUCCUGGAGACAUGUGCUGUCCAGAAUGGUAGCCACCCUCCACGUGUAGCUAUGAGCAGAUGAGAUGUGGUUAGUGCUGUAAAUGUAACUGAGGUGUGCUGUGCUGUAAAUGUAAAGUGCAUACCAGAUUUUGAAGACGUAAUGUGAAUGAUAAGAAUAUAAAUUAUCACACUGGUAAUUUAAAAAUAUUGACUAUGUGUUGAAAUGAUAGUAUUUUGGAUAUACUGAGUUAAAUAAAAUAUAUUAUUAAUAUAAUUUCA